AGGAGGCAAGCACGUGCCAGCUUUCCCUUUUGACACUUAUGAAUGUGCUGUUUGGGCUUCUUUUUCCAUUUCCAGUUGCGCGGCUCAGGGUGACAGUGCCGAGGUUGUAUCCUACCAUUCGUCUUGGUUUGUUUCUCAUGAAAGGGUCAGACUCCAAUGUCGCCGCCGACAACGGCGGCGACCCACGGCGCUUGCGAACUCCCUACUAGUGCGUUUCUUCGGUAUGGCGCUGACUCUGUCUGAUAUUGAGCGAGAAGGUCAAGAAUCAAUAACUGCUUGUAAAAGUCAGCGACGGAGAGAGAGAGAGUAGAUAAUAGAGUCAACAAAACUCA